AAAUCCGCCUUGCUCGUCUGGCGCGGUUAUUUGCUGCAGGUUUAUGCUAUCAGUAAAUAAAGACAUGGAUUACGGCUUCAUGAGUCGUUCGCAUGUUGGGCGCUUUUGAACGGGACGGGACGGGACUGCUUUAAUGAGAUAAAAGCGCGUGGUUCCGGUUGAUUUCUGUUUGUCUCACGGAGACAUAUCGGCUCUGCUACAGUAUCAGCACAGAAGGACGAGGCCGGAGCAAACCGUUCAGCUAUACCACGAAAUGGUCACGUCUACUCUGGGGCUUCUUCUGCUGCCGGUAUGUCUUCAGCUGUGUGGACUUGCUCGAGGCUCCCGCACUGAAUGUGAGCCGUCCCAAUUCCAGUGCGGGAAUGGCCGCUGCAUUCCCUCUGUGUGGCAGUGUGACGGUGAUGAGGACUGUUCUGACGGGAGUGACGAGAACACGUGUGUGAGGAAGACCUGUGCAGAGCUGGACUUCGUCUGCCGCAAUGGCCAGUGCAUACCCAAGAGGUGGCACUGUGACGGGGAGCCCGACUGUGAAGAUGGCUCCGAUGAGGGCACCGACGUGUGCCACACCAGAACUUGCCGUGUGAAUGAGUUCAGCUGUGGCUCAGGCUCCACACAGUGCAUUCCUAUCUUUUGGAAGUGUGACGGUGAAAAGGACUGUGACAAGGGAGAGGACGAAGUCAACUGCGGCAACAUCACCUGUGCCCCCCUGGAAUUCACCUGCGCCAGCAGCCGGUGCGUUUCGCGCAACUUCAUCUGCAAUGGUGAGGAUGACUGCGGUGAUGGCAGUGACGAGCUGGACUGCUUGCCCUCAUCAUGUGCCCCUGGCGAGUUCCAGUGUGGCAAUGCUACCUGCAUCCCAGGUGGUUGGGUGUGUGAUGAGGACGUGGACUGCCAGGACCAGUCGGACGAAUCGCCACAGCGUUGUGGCCGCGGCCCCACGCCACCGGCCAAGUGCUCGGCCAGCGAGACCCAGUGCGCCUCCGGCGAGUGCAUCCACCGGCGCUGGCGCUGCGAUGGAGACGCCGACUGCAAAGAUGGCAGCGACGAGAGGAACUGCCCUGCCCGCUCCUGUCACCCUGACCAGUUCAAGUGUGACGAUGGCAGCUGUAUCCAUGGCAGCCGCCAAUGCAACGGCAUUCGAGACUGCGCUGAUGGCACAGAUGAAGUCAACUGUAAAAACUUGACUCAGUGUAACGGCCAUGACAAGUUCAAGUGUCGGAGUGGAGAGUGCAUCGAAAUGAGCAAAGUGUGCAACAAGGUCCGCGACUGCCCUGACUGGAGUGAUGAACCAAUUAAAGAAUGCAAUGUAAACGAGUGUCUGCUCAACAACGGCGGCUGCUCACAUAUCUGCCGCGACAUGGCGAUCGGCUAUGAGUGCGACUGCACCCCUGGGCUCCAGCUCAUCGAUCGCAAAACCUGCGGGGAUAUCAACGAGUGUUUAAACCCUGGGAUCUGCAGUCAGAUCUGCAUCAACCUGAAAGGAGGCUACAAGUGCGAGUGUCACAGCAGCUAUCAGAUGGACCCCACCACGGGGGUAUGCAAAGCAGUAGGCAAAGAACCAUGUCUGAUCUUCACGAACCGGAGGGACAUUCGAAAGCUGGGCUUGGAGCGCCGUGAGUACACCCAGAUAGUGGAGCAGCUGCGCAACACCGUGGCCCUGGAUGCUGACUUCACCCAACAGAGGAUCUUUUGGGCGGACCUGGGACAGAAAGCCAUCUUCAGCACAGUCCUGGACAAACGUGAGGAUGUGGGCAACUACACCAAAGUAAUUGAUAAUGUUCUCAUGCCUGUGGGGAUAGCAGUGGACUGGAUCUACAAGAACAUAUACUGGUCAGAUCUAGGCAGUAAGAACAUAGCAGUGGCCAAUUUCAAUGGCACAAAGAAGAAAGUGCUGUUUGACAGUGACUUGAAAGAGCCAGCUUCUAUUGCAGUGGAUCCCCUAUCUGGGUUCCUUUACUGGUCAGACUGGGGGAGCCAGCAAAGAUUAGAGUCUGGCAUGAACGGAGUGGACCGACAAGUUCUGGUUGAGACUGACAUUCAGUGGCCCAAUGGAAUCACUCUUGAUCUGAUCAAAAGCAGACUCUACUGGGUCGACUCCAAGCUGCAUACACUCUGUAGCGUGGACCUGAAUGGAGAUAAUCGUCGAAAAGUUCUCCAGUCCCAGGCCUACCUGGCCCACCCGUUUGCACUCACUGUGUUUGAGGAUCGUGUGUUCUGGACUGAGGGAGAGAGUGAGGCCAUAUAUGGAGCAAACAAGUUCACAGGAUCAGAUGUGACCAUGCUGGCCAACAACCUGAAUGAACCUCAGGACAUCAUUGUGUACCACGAACUCAUCCAGCUGUCCGGGACCAACUGGUGCAAUGAGAAAUUUGAGAACGGAGGUUGCUCCUACAUGUGCCUGCCAGCGCCUCAGAUCAACAAACACUCCCCCAAGUACACAUGCGUGUGCCCAGGAGAGCAGGAGCUGGGCCCAGACGGCCUGCACUGCAGACCAGUGCCAUCUACAGCUACAUCUGCCCCACAAGAUCAAGGGCGAGUACGCAUAUACACCACCCAUCCUCAAGAAGGAAAUAUAAGUACCUCCAUACAUGAAGUAAAGUCAGCCAAAGGAUCAGCAGCUGCCUGGGCUGUUUUGCCAGUGUUGCUGCUGGCAGUGGCUGCAGUGGGAGGUUAUCUGAUGUGGCGGAACUGGCAGUUGAAGAACAAAAAGAGCAUGAACUUUGACAACCCAGUGUACUUGAAGACUACAGAAGAAGACCUCAACAUUGAUCUCAGCAGACACACUGCAUCUGUUGGUCAUACAUAUCCCGCAAUUUCAGUGGUCAACACGGAGGAUGACCUUCCGUAAAUAGACCUCUGCACCACUCCUUUCAUGUACUGUACGCUCGGCACCCUUGCCAACCACUGUUGCUGCAGAAGACCGACAGUCAGAUGCCUUCCAAAGUGCAUUUCACGGUUGUUUCUUUGGGGUGGUGUGUUUUUGUGUGAAAUGUGACAAUGAAUUGCUUCCUCCUUGGAGUAAAAUGUUCCAAAGCAUUACAGAAUUGAAGAUAUGGCCUUUUAUGGACUCAACCCCUAACUUGGGCCCCUGCAAAAUUAAUCAGCAACUGAACUACUGAGAGCCUAGACAGAGACUCGGAAUCCAGACAACACUAGUUCUGUUGGGGUGUGUGUGUGGGUGUGUGAGAAUAUUUAAAUGAAAUGUUUUUGGUUUUUUGUUUUUUUUUUAGGCAGUAAUGUCUAAGUGAGUAAGUGCAAGUUUUUGUUUGUUUUCCUUAGGAACAUUUACCUCCAGAAGCACAUUCUUAUAAAGCUUUUUGUGUGUCCUAGGAAAAACCCAAAGCUCUAUAAGAGGAGUGCUCUUAGAUUGUUUGUAAAACACUGUACAUAUCCCUCUUAAACAUUAAUCAGGAUUCUCCAAGCACUUUGAUCAAAAGGUCCUGUGUAAAUAAGAUUGUAUACAUUUGACUCAAUUUUGCUAUGGUGGGUCAUAGUACCAGGGUAGAAAAAAAGUAUUUAAAAAGAGAACCAAGUUUGUUAAACUAUUUUGUAUGUUUGUGCUGUUCCUGUGAUCUUUUUUAUAGCAUUGUACAGAGGGACACAGUGCUCUGUAUUGAAGAAACCUUUGCAAACGCAUAAAAUAAAAUGAAAUGGUCUGUUAAAUCAGAUUAAUGUUAAAAUAAAUCCUUUUGUCCACUUUC